ACGAAGCGAAUUAAGCGACUUUCCGUUCAGGCACUGUUUUGAACAGCCGUCUCGACUGGCGCUGUGAAGGACCCUACAGUCCAAUAUGGCGGCGCCCGAUGAGACUUUAAACUGUGAGGACUUUUCCAUGUUUCAGGAGGGGUUGAAGGCGAUGCGCACCAUAGACGACCGCAUCGUCCACGGCCUGAACACUACAGUGCCCACGGCGUCCUUCUCGGGAAAGGUGGACGCCACGCAGACCUGCAAAGAACUUUAUGAGUCGUUGAUGAAGGCUCAUCUGAGUAGAGACAAAGCCAUCAAGGCCUGUAUAGCCCAGAAAUCCGAGGUGGUGGCGAAGCUGCGGGAAGAGCGAGGAAAGGACAGCGAGGAUCUGAAACUGCUCAAACAGCUUCGAAAGGAGCAGACCAACUUAAAGCUCAUGCAGUCGGAGCUGAACGUUGAAGAAGUUGUCAACGAUAGAAGUCUGAAGGUUUUCCUUGAACGAUGCAGAAUCCACUACCUGCCUCCAAAGGUGUAGUGCAGAUCCCUCUGAGGAAAUUGAGCCUCUUCGCUCUGCGUUUGAACCCAGGCUGGAGCUGAGCGCGUGGCAGCUGCUGCUGCUGCUGCUGCAGAGAACCGACCGCGGGACGCUCGUCCGAGACCAGACCAAUCAGACCUCCUCUCCACUUCACCCGUUUUCAGUGUCAUUAUUGAAAAGCAGAACGAUUGCUGUAAGAGUCAUCUUUGUUAUUCACAAGGAGUAUUGUACAAAAGCUUUUUUUAAAAAAAACAAAAGAUAAUGAACUGUUUUCAAAUGA